CGGAGCGGCGGGAUGCGGCGCUGGCGGGGCGCGGGGCUGGCGGCGCUGGCCGCGGUGCUGCUCGUGGCUGCAGGCAGAGCCCAGGUGCAACAGGAGCCGUUGGCACAAACCCCCGAGGGCACCGAAAUCACCAUCAACUGCUCACACCCCCGUAUACGGACCGGCGACACGGUCAUAUGGUACCGUCAGCUCCGGGGCCGAGGCCCCCAACUCCUCGCACUUAUUCUUCAAGGCUCCAAAGAUCUACCGGACAAGGCGGGUCAGGUGGCGGUGUCGCCAGACCGUCGCUGGAGCACCCUCUGUCUCUCCGGGCCCCGUGUUGGGGACGCGGCGGUGUAUUACUGCGCCAUGGUCAGGCCAUUGUCAAUGUGUGUAACUGCUGCUCUUGUCUUUGGGAAAGGAACUCAACUGACCGUGGAGCCAAGCAGUCCAAAACAUUCUGUCCCACAAGUCAUUGUGAUGAAAUCAAAGAAACUGGAAGAAGGAGGCAGCACUGGGAAAGCAGCUUGUUUGGCAAGGAAUUUCAGUACAAAGAACAUCAGCUUGGAGAUGUCCUCUGAUGAGGUCGUGUAUGAACAGAGCACACCCAUUCUGGCGUCAGAGGGGCUGUACAGUGCAAUGAAGGUGGUCAGUGUGACAAAAGACACAGAGGUGACCUGCAAGGCCCAUUUGGACAUUGGCACCAUUACAGCAUUGUCAGAAAAGGAGGCUGAAGAACCAGUAACGAGGACCAGUAACAGGGUUUGCAACAUCACAGACACCUCUGCCCAAGGUACCACAGUGCAGAGAGUGAACAUGCUGUCUGUGGCUGUGCUGGGUUUGAGAGUCCUGCUGGCAAAAAGCAUCGCCUUCAAUACACUCAUGAGUAUCAAGUUGGUUCUUUUCUGAGCCAUGUGGAGUCAAGGCAAGAGGAACCUGAAGAACUGCAGGAAAGAAGGUGAACCAGCAGCACAACGGGCUGGACAAGCAGUGUCACAUCUGCUGACAGUGAGCACCCAGAACACAACACAGCCCCUUCCCCUUUAGACAUUUGAUGCUGUUCAAUCCUGCCCAGCCAGUUCAUUUAGAUUUAAGAGUUGUAACUGCUUUUGCUAUUUCUUUUUCUCUGUGCACUGAGGAGAGUGCAUUUCUCCUCAUCCUCCUGCUGAGUAGAUCUCCCCACUGUUCUGGCAUUUACACAGGAAUGUCCAACCUGCCUCAAUAGUUGUAGAAAAACCCAAUCCUCACUAUCAAUACAUAUAGAUAUAUAGAGAGCUAUAUAACGUUUUAAAUCAGGUUUCACAGGCAUGUUGUGUUACUGUCUGUAGAACUGGUGUGUUACUGCAGAGACAAUUCAGGCACAAUAGUUGCCAUUUAUAGCUUUGGUUUUUAGACAGCUUUAUUAACAAUAAUUUCCUAUUGUGGUUGAGAAGACCUGUGUUGGAUCUGAAGUGAUCCAAUUCAAACAGAUAAUGUUCAACCAUAGAAACAUUUCUUUCUUAAACCUGUAUUUCUUCUGCAAAAUAUAUCCCACGUGCAUUUUAGUUUCCUGUAGUAGUGACAAAAAUAAAAUUUUCCUUGACCAAAA